AACUGUGCAUCUCAUUUCCGGAUACCACAGCUUCAUACACCAUACACAACACAUGCUCCACCGCGGCCGGCGCCGUCCGCCUAGGAGUUAGCUUUCGCUCGCGAUCGCUACGUAUUCGUAAAUGCGCAGCAACAUCAGUCGGUCCAUGUUGUGUUCAUACACAACCCUUUGUAACCUUCGAAGCAGCUGUUAGUUCUAAUCAUUCUUUUUAAACAAUUGUCGCCGUCAAUAACGAUCACUGCUGUUUCCGAAAGAUUAACAAGUCUGUAACAAUGACCUCGAUAUUGGCCUUAUUGGCAGUCUUGCCAAUUCUGGGGUUGGUUUCGGGAGAGGCGUCGAGCGAUUUCCCGGGACCAGAUUAUCAGUGGAAGCAUCACAGUCAACAAGAUCUUGAACAGAUAUUGGAAGAUACAAAGAGAGAAUGUCCUGACAUUACCAAAACUUAUUCUGUCGGGGAAAGUGUUCUGGGGAGAAAAUUAUGGGUUAUCGAAAUAUCUGAUAAACCUGGAGAACAUGAACUCGGUGAACCUGAAUUUAAAUACAUCGGCAACAUGCACGGCAACGAGGUAGUAGGUCGCGAGGUGCUGCUCCUUUUGAUCUCCUAUCUGUGUAAGAAUUAUGGGACCGAUCCUGACAUCACGUGGCUGGUUGACAACACUCGAAUCCACAUCAUGCCCACUAUGAAUCCCGACGGCUAUGCUGAGGCCCUUGAAGAGGUGAAAAAGACUGGAGACAACAAAUGGUCAACUGGAAGAGCAAAUGCGAACGGCAAAGAUUUGAAUCGGGACUUUCCUGAUUUGGACACUAUUUACUUCGGUUCCAGAAUGGGCAACUUCCCCAGGAGACAUGGCAAAAAUAACCACAUCAGUAUGGCUCUCAAUCUGAAACAGUUCCAACCCGAGACACUGGCCAUCAUUAGCUGGCUUCAGGAAUACCCCUUCUCUCUCUCUGCAAAUCUCCACGGUGGGGACGUCGUUGCCAACUAUCCCUUCGACGCCAGCCACAACGGCAAAGCCGAGUACGAGGCCACGCCCGACGACGCUAUCUUCAAGCAGGUGGCUCUCGCGUAUGCCCGUGAAAAUCCAGUAAUGUCGGAUCCCAACCGCGCAUCUUGUGACAUGGGAGACGAUCAUUUUGAGGACGGCGUCACCAACGGGGCCGAUUGGUAUCCACUUAAUGGAGGUAUGCAAGACUACAACUAUCUCCACACCAACUGCUUUGAGAUAACCGUCGAAUUGAGCUGCAAGAAGUUCCCCACUAAUCCCUCUGACUACGCAAAGUUCUGGAAAGAAAACAAAGAGUCUUUGCUUGCCUACAUCCGACAGGCACACAGUGGCAUCAAGGGAGUCAUAACAGACAUGGAUGGUAAUGGAAUCGAAGAUGCCAUCAUUAAAGUUUCUAAGAAAGUAGGAGAUACUGGAGAGUACAUAGAUCACGACAUCACCACAGCCGAAGGGGGAGACUACUGGAGACUUCUCGUACCGGGAACCUACUACGUGCGGGUAGAGAAAUGUGGCUUUGAACCAGCGUACAAGGAGUGUGUGGUCCCCGAAGGAAACGAAAGUGAAGAGGGUAGUGACUGCAGCUUCCAACUUGAAGAAAACAAUGAGAUCUGCUCACAGAAAGAAGUCAAGAUGGAGGAGGACCUCUUAAACAUACUUUCUAGAUACUUACAGUAAUCCUUUAUCUCAUUCAAUCUAGACUUAAAUCCAGUACUUGGGUGGGGAGGGGGACCGUCAUUACAUCGUGGAAACCAUGCUCGUACAUGGACUUUCAAAUGGACUCUGAAAAAAAUUAUCAGCCUUCAAUCUGGAGGCGCUCUAAACAAGUAUUCAUGUCAUGUUUUGCCCUCACGCAAAUAAGACCUCAAAUUGGAUUUUCAUGAUUGGGUUGAAAAGUAUACCUAUUUUCCUUAUUUUGGCAAUUUGUAACACUUUUUUUCAACCUAAGGCACACAUCGCCUGACCGUGAAAUGAUCAUGGUAUGGUGUCUGUAUAGUAAUGUAAGGAUUACUUUCCUUGUCAUAAAUAGCACAAAUGUUUAUGCCAGAAUUUGAGAUGCAAGAUUAAAUUCCCAGGGUUACGUACCAUUUACAGUGAUGAAGAAUGGGGUAUUCCAAUUCCUGCAUCAGAGUUUCAUUGAAUGAAAUUCAACUUUCUUAUAUCAUAAAAAUUGUAUUUUUAUGGUUACACACAAACAAAAUGAUUGCUUCUUUCUCUUUUUAUUUUACAAUUAUUUGGGGGGGCCAGAGAUGAAAGAAAGCAAUAAUCUAUUUAAGGUGUGUUUAGUGUCAAUUUGCAAAUAUAAAUAGCGACAUGAAUCAUGAUACAAAACGCAAUUACAAAACACAGAACACAAAAACAAUUGCUGGUGCACCUUUCAUUGUCCAAAAAUAAAAUUAAAGCUGAUUAUUAGUUGAACAUCAGUAAAUGCCCUUCUCUCAAAAACUUACAUUUUACUCAUCACAUGAACGGUCAAUUCAGGCGUGCACUUUCCUUAAUGUGUAAGCUUCCACUGCAAGAGCACAUUUAAAGUCGUUUGAAAACUCAGAACUCAGUUGCGGUCAGUGUCGCAUUUCUGAUGCUGAGGGUGGUGAAAUCGAAGCUGAUCGUCUUCCAAAAGGCACCUUUUCAGUGUUUAAAUUUCACUCUGAAUCAAAAUCUGAAAGAUGUUUACUUUUACGACCGAGAAUGAUGAUUAUCCUUUCCAACCUUUACAAUGAAUGUUCUCUUUAAACUUGAUAUGUUUUGUAAUUGUGUUUUGUAUCUUGAUUUAUUUUGUUGUAAAUUAAUAUAUUGACCUUCAACACUCCCUGAGACCUAUAUUUAUAUAUAUUGAUUAUUUUCAAUAUCGUGUCACUAUUUUUAUGAAGAAAGUGCAUUCCAAUAUUAUGACAACUGUCUUGAAACGUGAUGACUAUCUUUUCCAGUAUUUCUUCUAUCAAUUUCUAUUUCUCUCCAACUUUUCCUCUCCACUCUGUUUGCAUUCUCUCACACCCAACCCCCCCCCCCCUUUGCAUUGCACUUAAUGCUAAAAAAAAAAUGUCCGCUUACUCGUCGUCAUUGGAAAAACUCUUUUCAGCCUUUUCUGUCUUUUCACUUUCAAUAUCAUUUAUCCUUGGAGCUUUUGUGCUUUGACACAUACUAGUACAUGACUCCAAUGCCCUAGAUGCCUCUUGAAUUAAAAAUUAUCAAUCAAAUGUUUCCACUUUCUACUUCUGUAUUCUGUAUGUGGGCAUUUUGAUUGUACAUAAUAUUGGCCAAAAUAUUGACAUUUUCAGUACUCGGUCUUUGAUAAUUGUAGUUUCUUUUUCUUUAUAUCAUCUUGGUCCUUACAAACAUUCCUGUAUAUUACUGGGACUAUAUAAGCUUGCCCUAAUUAUUUUGGCUAUUUAUAUUAACUUGUAUUCGAGUAUGUUCAGCUGCGGAAUAUUCUUUCAUUUUCUUUCAAGCAAUCAGGGAAAAUACUAACAAACACUAACCAUUUCAGUUGCAUGCCAUAAUGAAUAUGAAAUUAUUCAUUUGUUUAUAGCUCUUAAAGAAUAUUUUUAAGUUCACGAUUUGAGGCUUUUGAGAAUGCAGCAUUCUUUUGCAGAAACUUUCUGUGCACAUUUAUUGGGACAUGGGUUUCAAGCAUUUGUGCACAUGAACUAAAUAAUUGAAUGUUUGAUAAUUUUCUUACAUUUUUUUAUUUUUUGGUGUUUUUUAUGAGAUGAUAUGGUUAUAUUUGGGGGAAGGGGGUGUUGGCGACCUCUAAUUAUAAUUAUGUUAUUAUUGUUCAUCUAAUUAUCAUUUUUCUAAUAAAGGUAAGAGAAAGCUUUCUCUUAUGAUUUUGAUCUGAUUUUUUUUUCAUGGCAUAUGUGAAAUGCUGAUUUCAAAUGAUAGGUGGAUAAAAAUAAUUUGUCUUUUUUUAUUGUACUUUUUUCAGUUAAUGUAGAUUUUUAUUUCCCAAAUUACUUUGUGAAAUUUUGAAUUAAAAAAAAAUGUACUACCUUUUUUUUUUUUCAAAUGAUGACAAUAAAGUAAAUGUACAUGGUAUAAAGGAUUUUUUUUCAUAGAGUGUUAUUCACAACUCAUUUUUUUCAUAGAAUGUCACUUUAAGAUGAUCACUCUAUAUAUAUUAUUUUCUUGUAUUUUGAAGAAAAUAGCAGUGUGUAUCAAAGCUGUGUUGUAUAAAUGUACAUUAAAGAUUAUAUACUAGUAGUAGCUGCUUUAUUACGAGAUUGGAUAAUAGAGUUAUACACUUGAUUAUGUAGUGAGAACUAGGCUGAUGUUAUGGUAUACAAAAAAAUGCUGUCAUUGGAAAGAAAUAUAUUUAUUGUACUUCAGCUUUACAGGUUGAAUUUCCUGAAAUAGUGAUAGGAAAUACAAUGUACAAAAAAUGCUGUCAUGGGUGGAAAUAAUUCAUUGUACUGCAUCUUAAAAGGGUAAAUUUCCUGAAAUGAUGAUAGGAAAUACAAUGUAAAAUAAUGCUGUCAUGGGUGGAAAUAAUUCAUUGUACUGCAUCUUAAAAGGGUAAAUUUCCUGAAAUGAUGAUAGGAAAUACAAUGUACAAAAUGCUGUCAUGGGUGGAAAUAAUUCAUUGUACUGCAUCUUAAAAGGGUAAAUUUCCUGAAAUGAUGAUAGGAAAUACAAUGUAAAAUAAUGCUGUCAUGGGUGGAAAUAAUUCAUUGUACUGCAUCUUAAAAGGGUAAAUUUCCUGAAAUGAUGAUAGGAAAUACAAUGUA